UUCACCACCCCAGCUAGCCCAAAUCCGGUGCCUUGCAAGCUAGCCAGCGAAUUGACUAUAUAUUAUUCUCGCGCUCUCCCUGCACGUUGAUCCAUCUCCAGCAGUAGCCGUGGUCCAAGACCAUUCAGCGAUCGUCGCCGUCAUCAGCAUCCCGGGGGCCAGAAGACCAUCGGCCAUGUCCUCUCUUAUCAGGUCGUUCGCGUCGCUCUACUGCCAGAAGCUCCGCUCCACCACCGUACUCGGACCGGCGGCGGCGCCACGUUUCCAGGCGGUCGACCGGCAGAGGUUCUCGGCGCCCAGCGGCGCUGCUGGCACGACACCUCCGCCGGCUCUGCCGCGUCAGUGCCAAGAGCAACAGCGGACGCCUUUUUUCACCUGGGCGAGAUUAGCAAUUGGCUCAGUCCUUGCAGCCGCUGCGCCACUCCUGCACUCGCGAUGGGCGUCGAUCCUGCGGAUUCAGAGUGAGGUGGAGAUGGUGAAAGACACGGCAGAGGCGGUGGCGGAGGUCGUCGAGGAGGCAGCCACCUUUGCGGAGAAGGUGUCGUCGGAGGUGGCCGAGCAGCUGCCAGAGGGCGGGAGGCUGAGGACUGCGGCCGUGCUCGUGGAGAAGGCGUCCAAGGAAGUCGCCCAUGAGGCUCACCUUGCGCAGGACAUCAUCCACAAGGUGGAAGAAAUUGAGGAGGACGUGAAGGCCAUCGUUGAACCGAUUGUGGAUCACAGCAAGCAUGUUCAUGCCAAGGCACGCCACGAGUAACACAGCUCACAAAAGUAACAGGGGCAAACAUUUGAAGAUCUAUAUCAUAAAGAUGGGAAGUCUUAAAAUUUAAAAGGCAGCGUAGUCGCCAUUGGUUCCGAUUUGAGUUAUUUAAGAAAAAAGUUGUUUCUUUUUCAAUUUUUCUUUUCGUUUCAGUUGCCAACUCGUGUGCAAAGUAGGAACAGAUAAUAAUGAACCUAAAUAAUCUCAUCAUAUAAUAAUACAAUCAACUGCCGUCUGAAAAUUGGAUUACA